AUGGCUAGCGCGGAUUCGCCGGGAUCGGGCGCGAAGCAGCAGCAACAGCGACGACAACGCUGGUCCGUGGGUCGAUCGUCGACCCCGCAAAGUCACUUUUCGCCGCGGUCUUCGGAAGCUUUCUAUGCGAGCGCGGAACCGUUAUCCAGCCGCGGCGGACGCGUAUUGCAUAAUGCGCGCGGCAGCGGCCCAGACCCAGAUUCGAAUUCCGUUCCAAAUUCCGGCGUCGCGCCGGAAACGAGAACCAGACAAUAUCGAACUUCCGUCCGAUCGUCGCAGGACGCGAAGGAUCGACGGACGUUCGCCGCGAACGAUCACGAAUCUUAUUACACGAUGCCGCGCGGUCUCGGGGUGUCCAGGAAAGAGAUCCUGCGUCGCAGAUGCGUCAGGGACGAAGCUGACGCGUCUCAUCUUGCGGAGAAGGACGAAGUGAAGAGACCGAGAACCCUGCCGUCGAUCGGCAAAAGGGCACGUCAGGAAUCGGAGCGCAAUUCCUCGUUCCUGAAGAGAGUCUCCAGACAGGAUAUCUUGCGACGUCGCGUGAGUCUCGAAGCGAGUCCGCAGGUGAAAGACGUCACGAGAGUGUCGUCGAGUUUCCAGAAUUCAGGUCGCACCGCGAAAGAUUAUCGCGAUCUCUCACGGCCGUCGACUUUGCCUAAGAUAGUGCAUUCUUCGAAGACGUCUCGGCUUGAAGAGUACUCUUCGAGAACGAGGGAGACUUCCGGGAGAGAAGCGCCGAUUUACGGUAGGAUUCGACGGCGAAAAAUGUCGUUGCCAACUGGCUCCGCGACGCUGCGCGAUUCCGCCACUCCUUCAAAUACCCUGACGAGGCUUUCCAGAACGAAGACGAGCGAGGAACGCGCGGAAACUUCGAAAGUUGUCAGACGUCUGCGGGAUCCCGUUCCCGACCCGUUUGAUCGGUCCAAGUGCGCGGAUGACGUCAUUGGUGACGAUAUUUAUGCCAAGGUCGCGCGCAAGAUUUCCAAGCAUCCUUCUCAAACUCACGAAGAGAAACCGAAGCCAAUCGAUAGGACGAUGUCCAGACGAAGGAUAAUCAACAACGCGAGCCAGACAGAUUCCUUGGAGCGGAGAAUGCAUAAGGAUCGAGAUCAAGACGUUGUCAAGGUGAAGCACGACGCCAUAUUGGUCUCGAGAGCGGAUAUCGAAUCGCGGCUGCGUAAUUUUAAAACAGAAAAAAUCAGCGGAGCCACAAGGACGUCUUGUCGCGCGGAUUCUACUCUAUCUGUCAAAAACGAUUCGAAAACAGACACCUGGUCUCGCGGCAAGCAAUCACGAAGAGAUUCGACGUGUGUCAACGAGAGACAAGCGAGAUGUAGAUCGAAGUCGCAAUGUGGAUUACUACUGGAAGAGAAAACAGAAAACUCCAAGACAAUUCCAAGACCGACAACCUUACCGAGUUACGUGAAACUCGCACGGAAGACGUCGACGGGGCUUCCGGUGCGAAGCGCGGACGAGCAGAGAAGGGCUUCGAACAGCGGAAUGCUGACGAAGCAGAGCAAGGAAAGGUCGAAUUAUGUGAGAAAGACGGCGACGCGCGUUCCGAUGCACGUAAGGGCGUUUAGCGACGCCAACAGCGCUCGAUCCAAUUCUCCCGAAACGUCAUCGUCGAUAUUUGGUUUUUGCACUGGAAAGAGAAAAAUGCAUACGUCAUCGUCAUCGCAUACCUUGCCGUCGUGGAAUGUGAAAACGGGUGAAUUGGUGUGGUUCGAUCCUGGUGUCGGCCAUGUGCUGCCAGGUGAGGUUUUGGAAUACCACAGAGCCGCCAAUGUGCUAUCGGUGCAAGCGGUGAUCGCCGGCAAGCCGCAAAUCUUUACUCUCACCAAUUUAAGCGGAGUAAAACCUAGACAGGAUUUGGGACAAAAUGGUGUGGAAGAUAUGAUCCAGUUGACAGACCUGAACGAAGCAUCGUUAUUAUGGAACUUGAAGAUUCGUUACGACAAGGAAUUAAUUUAUACGUACACAGGAAGUAUACUUGUGGCGGUAAAUCCGUAUAAGAUGUUUGACAUCUACGGACUGGACCAGGUGAAGCUUUACGAAGGACGAAUCCUUGGAACACUUCCACCACAUUUAUUCGCGGUAGGCUCUUCCGCGUACAGUCAGGUAACCGCGGCUAAUAAUGCCAGUGCCAAUCAGGUGGUGGUCAUAUCGGGCGAGUCUGGCUCGGGCAAGACGGAGUCCACGAAAUUGGUGAUGCAAUAUCUUGCGGCUGUCAAUCGCGCGCCAAAUAAUCUUGUCACGGAACAGAUUUUGGAGGCGACGCCGCUUCUGGAGAGUUUCGGUAACGCCAAAACACCGCGAAACGACAACAGCAGUCGAUUCGGAAAAUAUUUGGAGGUUCACUUCAGAGACGGCGCAAUUAUAGGUGGUAGAAUAACGCAAUAUCUUCUAGAAAAGAGUAGGAUAGUGACUCAAGCCUCGGAGGAGAGGAACUACCAUGUGUUCUAUGAACUUCUAGCUGGACUCGAUCAGCAACUCAGGGAUAAAUACGGUCUUCUUACACCGGACAAAUAUUUUUAUUUAAAUCAGGGUGGAAACUGCGAGAUCGAUGGCAAGAGUGAUGUUCAGGAUUUUAAAGCUCUUCUGUCAGCCAUGCAAGUUCUAGGCUUUACGUCGGAGGAGCAAGACACGAUUUUCAAAAUUUUAGCCAGCGUGCUGCACUUGGGAAAUGUUUACUUUCACCGGAAACAGAUGAGACAUGGUCAGGAAGGUGUGGAGGUCGGUUCCGACGCUGAAAUACGUUGGGCGGCGCACCUCCUUCAAGUGAAUUCCGAUGGCAUCAUCCGAGCGCUUACUACAAAGACAACAGAAGCAAGAAACGAAAGAGUUUUCACGGCCUUGAAUAUCGACCAGGCUCUUGACGCCAGAGACGCUUUCGCAAAAGCUUUAUACAGUUCGCUCUUCUCAUGGCUAGUUGCUCGUGUCAAUCAUAUUGUCUACAAGGGCACCAAACAGACAGCUGCCAUUUCUAUUUUGGACAUCUUUGGAUUCGAAAAUUUCACGGAAAACAGUUUUGAGCAAUUGUGCAUCAAUUACGCGAACGAGAAUCUGCAAUUUUACUUCAACAAGCAUAUCUUCAAGCUCGAGCAACAAGAGUACGCGAAAGAGAAAAUUGAUUGGACCACCAUCAAUUACACGGAUAAUUUGCCAGUUAUCCAUCUGAUUGCGAAGAAACCAGUGGGUAUUCUUCAUCUUCUGGACGACGAAAGCAACUUUCCCAAAGCGUCCGAUCUUUCUUUCCUGGAAAAGUGUCACUACAAUCACGCGCUGAGCGAAUUAUAUUCCAGACCCAGAAUGAACUCCGCUGAGUUCGCGAUCAGACAUUACGCUGGACAAGUCUGGUACAACGUGGAAGGUUUUCUAGACAAGAACAGAGACACCCUGAGGCCAGAUGUGGUCGAGUUGCUGAUCAGCAGCAAGAUUACGAUGGUUAGCAAGAUGUUCCAGCAUGUCAGGACUGCUCACGAAGCUAACAAAACUAUGAACAAACCAAACGGUAGAUUUGUCACCAUGAAGCCAAGAACGCCAACGGUUUCGGCUCGAUUUCACGAUAGUCUUCAACAACUCUUAGAUUCUAUGUCUCAAUGUAAUCCGUGGUUCGUUCGUUGCAUUAAGCCGAACACAGAGAAAGCCCCAAUGAAAUUUGACAUGCCCUGCGUGCUCGAGCAACUGAGAUACACGGGAAUGUUGGAGACAAUUCGCAUCAGAAAAACUGGCUAUCCGGUUCGCCUCUUGUUCAGUCACUUUGUGGAUCGGUAUCGUUAUCUCGUCUCGACGCAUUUGCCCAGAGGAGCGCCCAACAAGGAACUUUGCAGGAUAAUUUUGGACAAAGCCGCGCCGAAAGAGGCGCAGUCGCAGUAUCAACUCGGACUCACAAGAGUGUUUUUGCGCGAAUCAUUGGAGAGAGCACUGGAAUACAACAGAGCGUUGAUUUUGGAGAGAGCAGCCAUCACUGUUCAAAGAUACACGAGAGGCUUCUUGGCGCGGAGAAGGUUCCUAAACAUUUCCCGAAGCACAAUACUGAUACAAGCGGUUUAUCGCGGUUAUCGUGAACGUAAGCAGUUCCGCGCGUUAAAGAAGGGCGUUCUGAUGGCGCAGAAGCUCUACAGAGGUAGAAAACAACGAGAGAAAUUCAAUGUGCUGAAAGAGGAGAUGGCGAAGAGAGCGGAGAUCGAGAGGGCCAGCAAAGAGCGAGCGAAGGCGAAGCAGCAACGGGAAGAGCAGGAAAGAACCUCGCGUGCUGUUGCCGGCGUGAAUCAUCUAGAGAUUCCCGCGGAAUUAGCUUUUAUUUACAGCAAACUUGAUGAUUGGCAACCGACGCACACCGAGCGAAAUCUUCUCAAAGUCGUCGGACAGGUAGUUCCGAUGAAUUGCACGUACAAUUUGCCGCCCGAUAUCGAUCAGUAUCAGUUCUCCAAGUUCACCAACAUUUACUUCAAAAGUCACAUAUUCGGAAUGAAACGCGAGCCGAUCAAAACGCCGUUUCUGGCGAAGGCUCGCGAUCAAGAUUACACGGACUCUUUGAUGAUCUUCAAAAUGAUUCUGCGCUUUAUGAACGAGAACAAUCUCAACGGCAAACGAGAGCAAGCAUUGGGCGAUUACAUCGUCAAUAAGGGCAUUGUGAAUGAAAAACUGAGAGACGAGAUACUGUGCCAAUUGGCGAAUCAAACGUGGAAAAAUGACAACGAUGCCAACAAGGAGAGAGGAUGGCUGUUGCUGUCCAAUUGCCUGUCAGCGUUUCAACCUAGCGCUACUCUCUUCAAGUAUUUUUUGAAAUACGUGUCCGAUCACGCCUACGAUGGUUACAAGGCUUACUGUCAACGUAAACUGUUGCAAGGCGAGAGAACGGUGUAUCGUGUGAUGAAUAACAAUCAGCAAACGGUGUAUCAAGUUCCUAGGAAUUACCCGCCGUGCGUGCUAGAAUGGCGAGCCAAUAGAAAUCGCAUAAAUAUGGCGCUUAAUGUUGGGUUUUACGACGGUGAAACAACUACGUGCGCAAUAAACUCAUGGACGACAUGCGAAGAACUGGCUAAUCUCGCGGUGCGAAAUCACGGGGUGGAAAACACAGGUUGGACAAUUACGCUCUGGAAUCAACUGGACGGCCCGGACGCCAUCGUGACGGAAACGAAUGGUUUCGACUACGUUCUGGAUUUGAUCUCGGAGAUGGAACUGGCGCCAGCUUUCCCAGCCGCCAAACACAUGUUCCUGGAGCAACGCAAAAACAGUCUACCUCCUAUAAAAAAACGAGAACACGCUCAGGUUAUUCGGGAAUUGGAACAAGAGAUGGAAAGUCCUAUUUUAAAAACCUUCCAACCUCUGGAGAGAAAAUCAGCGCUCAAACCGGUCGAUAAGCCCGUCGAGCCGGAAAUCCAGGUGCCAAGACGACCAGCUGUUCCUCCGCCGCAACCGCCCGUUGGGAAGCUACCCACGCGAAAGCAAUCACACGAGGCCAUUUUGGAAACUACAACAGAAAUAGGAUUGUCGAGAAAAUCAGCAUUGAACGACCGUUAUUUCGAGAAAGAGAAACAGCGUAGCCGAAGUUUGGAUAACCUACUUCAGCCGGAAGUCGUACCUUCACCGAUAAAACUUGCUAAUCUCGGUCUCUCCUCGUCCAAAUUGAACGAACGUUAUCACAGUUUGGAGAGAAUCGGUGAGAACCCGACAGUCAGCAACUCCGAAUACAUAUCGCGCAGCGAAAUCACGCAAGAGAGGAAGUACAGCAGAACCACGAGGACAACGGAGCCCAACAUCGAGGAGGAGGAUCUUACGAUUGACUUCGAAUAUCCGGACAUUCAGUCUGUCAGUCAGACCGGAAGAUCGGAGGACGAUAAGAGUUAUAUAAGAUCGCAGACGAGAUUCAUCAAGUCACAAUAUCCUGGCAAACGUGCGCUGCCGGGAAGCCAGUCUAGUCGCGCUUACAUAGAAAAGAGUGAAUACGGUGUAAAAUCGUCCGCCAUGUCCGAUACUAGUGAAGCGCCUUCUUUGGCGUCACAUGUGCGACGCGUGAGAGUGCCUAGUCAAGCUUCCGAUGUGGAUCAGUUUUUGGACGAGCUUUUUAUGCCCGUACUAGAUGGCAAUCUCGACGAGUUGUCGGAUGCCCGCAGUCUGGCCGCAUCGAUAAAAGGUUCGCACAAUACGAGGCUACCAGAAGAUCAAACAGUUCUCGGGAAUCAGCGGAGUGUCGCCAAUCAAACUAGCAAAUUAUCUACUGUUAAUGAUUUUAUAAAGACCAUUUUCACGAGAAAUGAGGAUGUGAACAUUGACGCGAGUGAACUGGCCAAGAGGAUCAAAGGAGGCGGCAAUAUGGAUAUUCCUAAUCAGAAUACUGCGUUUAGCUUCAGUCCUAUUGCACAGAGUAUGAUGUCACCACCCAUGAUGAUGCCUAUGUUCAGCACUCCUCAGCAAGUUCCAUCCGCUCAGAACAAUAGCAUGAGCUUGGGUGCAGGUUUCAUGCCUAUACCGAUUUAUAAUAUGCAAGGACUCAGCUUGCCGCAGUAUCCCAGUUCACCGCCAGGUCAGAAUAACGACAUAAUGGCGUACCAGCAGAACUUGCAGCGAGCUUUUCUGCAGAGUGCGAUGGCACAAAAUAUUCAGAUACAGCAGCAGCUACUGGCGCAGAAUCAGGCAUUGCAGCAGCUAUUGGUUCAGAGUCCGAAUUCGACGCAACCGGUCUCAUUUAGAGAACCCGACGAUGGUGAUCUCUGGUCAACCGAAAAACGAGAAACGUCAGUACAAUCGACGAAUCAAAGACAGGAAACGAUGACCGUGAAGGCUCAAAUUCACAGAUCCCAAAGUCCACCCAGAAAGAACUCGGAAGCUGCGAGAAAGACGAGUAUCGACUACGCGCGAAAGAUCAGUGUUGAUCGAAAGGUGACGGACAGAAAAACGUCUUCGGCACAAGAAAUAAAAAGAACCAGCAUGAACAAAAGUAACGUGCAAAAUAAUUUCACUAAUGUGCUAAGCGAGCUGAAGAACAGAAAGAGCAGCGUGGACAGCAAUCUUUCGAAUUCGAGCAAUAAUAAAGGCGUUCCACCACCUCCGCCGAUGCCCCCUCCAUUGGAAUCUCACGAUCCAUCAGAAUCCAGACCAUUCCUCGAUCCGUACGGGAGAGCGAAGACAGUGCGCAUUGGAAAGUGGAGGUGGCCACCACCCAGUGACUCGAAUGAGGCUCAAGGACAAGACAGUUUCAUAGAAUUCAAGAUGCGUCAGCAGCAACAACGUAAGAUAACGCCACAGUAUCAGGAAUACGACCAAGGCGAAGGUGAACCCUCUGUGACGGAAGGUGGUGUCGAAUGGGAAGAAUUCGAGAUCGAGAACAUCGUCAGUAACGAAGAUCGAUCGACGGCCACUCAUCCAUCGGGAACCAAACACGAGACCAAACACGAGAAUGGAUACAAAGAAGAAGGAGAAAAGAAAUCUAAAAAGAAAUCUAAAUCGGCCUUGGAUGUGGGCGCGCAGAGACCGUCGCCAGGAAGCAUAGGGAAGUUGAAGCUGAGCUCGGAGAUGAGACAGAGAUUGGAAAAGGUGACGGCAAAUCAUAGUGUGAGAUCGACGAAAACGGCUGAGAAACCCGCUCUUCCGCGGGAAGAUGGAAAAGUGAAACGAUUGGAGGAUAACAGAAAACUUCUGUUGGAACAACAACUAGGUGGCAGAUGGGACGAUUACGCCUCUACCGCUGAUGACACUCAAAGCGUCACUUCUAAGGGCACAACCGAUAUGAUGACGCAAGCUCAAGUAGUUAGGACACAAAUCGAGAGAAUGGAACGACCUGUACCGCCUCCACCACCUGUCACACCACCGCAGCCUCCAAGUCCAAGAGGCGGCAGUGUGUAUAGCAAUAGUCAAUCGGGUGUACCUCAACCACGAUCACCACCAGCGCCGAUCGAGCCGAAAACUCGUGACUCCUUCCGCACGUCUCCGGAUUCCGAGGUCUUCGAUCAUUUCUCCAAGAGUCAGAUGUUCAGCCAAAGUCGUGACGUCUUCGUUACGCAGCAACAUUUGCGCGACAGUCACGACUAUCGGCACGAGUACGAAAAGUGUCGCGCUCAAGACGUCAAAUCCAAAGAUUUUUAUUCGAAAGACAGCACCGAUAUGGCAAGUUCGGCGCGCGAUCGCAGCUCCGAUUUCGACUCGCGUCGCGAUUUGAAUUCCGAGAUUUUCGACUCGAAAUACGCGUUCGAUGGAUCGAACGGUAAACGCGAUCCUUUCGGCAUGACGCGAGACGUGUCUCCCAAAUCGCGGGAUAGUUUUGGAAUGCCGUCGCCACGUGACUUCGGCGUCAUUCCGAACACAAGAGAAUCCUUCACCGUCGCACGACACAGUUUUAAUAAACUGGAUCAGGAAGCGGAGAGACGAUCGAGCGUGGCUUCGACCUAUCGCACGGACAAAAUGGAGAGAAUCGAGAUCCAGGAAUGGCCGGAAUUCCUCAAACCAGUAUUACCACCGGCGGAUAAACCGGAGAUUGAGAAAGUGCAAGAGAUAGUGAAUACCAAACUCUAUCCGCAAACCUCCAACGCACAUUUUACGUACAACAGAGUCACAUGGACCUUGAGAGUCAAGAAAGAGGUUUUCGCGCCGAAUGAAACCCUGAACAGUCCUCUGGCGUUACAUUUGGUAUUCUGCCAGGUUGCUUACGAUGUGUUGGCGACUUCCAGCAUAAGAAUCGCCAAGGAGGAUCGACAAAACAUGCUGAAAAUGCUGGACAAUUACGGCGUGACACUGGACAAUCUUCAAAGCACACAGCACAAGAUUACAAUUAAGAAAAACAUCGUAGACAUAGCGAAGCAGUGGCCGUUGUACUUCGCUAGGAUAUUCCCUGUAUCAAUCGGUCCGCAGCAUCCGGAGACACAACACGUGGCGGUGUCGCAUCACGGACUUCGGUUGAUCAAACGCACCCCUAACGGCGAUCUCGUGAUCCUGGAGACUCUUCCGCUCGAGGAUAUCGUUUCCGUGAAUUCUUCUAGAGCGGGUGUGUGUGUCUUGCAGAUCGCGUCGGGCAUCAGAUUACCUCUUCACACGAAUCGCGCCCCGCAAUUGGCAGAGAUGAUCAGCAAAUACAUCAGACUGAUUAACCAGAAGCAGCCACUUCAGAAGAUCAAUCAUCACGAAAAUCACGUAUCCCAAAUCACAAAGACGAUACAGUCACAAACGAAUCACGUGAAUCACAUUCAGCAUCAUAAUCAUUCUGGUCACGUAAUUUCCGAACACGAGAAUCACGUACCGAUCGGUCGCGUGCCCAACCACGUGUCCGUCGUCAACCAAGCGAAUCAUCAGAAAAACUUACAGAACCAGCGACUGAGUCCGAGCCAGGAAUGGCGUCAGCCGGACGACAACGUCAGACUCCAGGAGGACAACAUUUACGAGACCGGGCCGGUGGUCAACGACGGCAAGCACUCCUUGCUGCAGUAUGCCAUGUUGAAUUUCCGUCAAAGCACAGAAAAAUUCGAGAUGUUGAAGACCGCGGACGGAUCGAUCAGCGGGUCUCUCAAAGUGAUCGAGUCAUUGAAGAGCAAAAAAAAGAACAAGAAAGGCAAAGGCCAGCAGGACAGCACCGAGUGGACCUGGAAGGAACAGGUGGACCUCGUCAAGUAUUCCACAGUUCCCAUCGAACAGAGCUUGCUCAGGUUAGAUGCGGAUUUGAGCGUUUUAGCCGUGGAGUGUUUCCUCUGUUUGAUGAGAUACAUGGGGGAUCAACCACUGCCGCCUGAGAUCAGUGAAGUCAAGUGCGUCUACACGAUCCUCAUGCAUUGUCACAAAUACGAGCAACUCCGCGACGAGGUCUAUUGCCAGUUAAUGAAGCAAACUACCAAUAACAAGAGCCCAAAUCCGGAGAGUUGCCAACGUGGCUGGCGGAUAUUCAGCAUCAUCGCCGCGUACUUUACGUGCAGCGAGGGUCUGAAGCCCUACUUGACCAAAUACCUCGAAACGGCGGCGUACGACAAGCGUCGCGCUUAUCACGGUACCGCGAUGGUCUGUCUGCAGAAUCUCAGAAAGACCGUGAAAUAUGGCGGACGUAAGAAUGUGCCCAGCGUGGAGGAAAUCAUGGCGAUCAGCGCGGGCAGAAACGCGAAGAGGCAGAUCUACCGGCUGCCCGGCGGUACCGAAAGAGUCAUUAACACGAAAUGCACGACCGUCGUUCAGGACGUUAUAGAAGAAAUGUGCAAUGUCAUCUCAGUGAGAAAUCCUCACGAGAUGGACGAGUUCUCAUUGUACUGUAUCGUCGAUGGUGAUGCGUUUACCAUGCCAUUGGCCAGGGACGAGUACGUCUUGGAUGUGACCACGGAGCUUCAGAAAAAUCACCAAGUGUUCUAUUUAAUAUUUUGCAGAUCUGUUUGGUACUAUCCUCUUCGAUUGGAUGCGGCAUUGUACAUAGAAGUUGUUUUCAAUCAAAUCGCUCCCGACUACCUGGAAGGACUUCUAUUAGUUCUGCCUGGAGAACACUUAUCUCAAGAAGUAAUUUAUGACAUGGCACAAAUCGCGGCGUUGCUGCACAGAGCGGCUGACAUGGCGCAUGAACCCGCGACAAAGGAGAUUAAGUACUUAUUGCCAAAACCGGCGCUCAGCUUGAGAGAACCCAGACCACAGCAGUGGUCCAACAUGGUCCAGCAAGCCUGGAACAACGUUCAACUUUCCUCGGCGGCUAGUUGCAAAGCUCAAGUGCUCGAAAUAUUAUCUAAGUGGCCGCUUUUCGGCUCAAGUUUCUUUGCGGUAAAAAGAGUGCCCGAGGGCAAGGAAAAGGGCGCUGAUCAUAUUCUCGCUUUGAAUCGGCACGGAGUGCAUUUUAUAGAUCUAAUUACGCAUGAGACAUUGUACCAUUAUCCUUAUUCCGAGGUGAUCUCCACCAGAAAGGUCAAAUCUGAGGAGGGCACGCUUUAUCUCGACAUGAAAUGUGGCAAUUUAAUGCAGCAGCGUAUCACCAGACUGCAGACGGAACAAGCCCACGAAAUUUCUCGUCUGAUCAGACAGUACAUCACCAUGGAACAAAGAGCGUCCAACGCUCAGAGUGCCGGCGUCGGGCUCGGCAUGAGAUAAGUUUUUUUGUUACGCAACGUCCUUCCUUCGCGACAUACGAUUAGGAUUAGCCAAUCCGUUGAGCCCGUAAUUAAAUUAAACCUUUUCCGUUCACUAUAUCACAGAAAGGCCUUGAAUGAAACAACCUUGUCUAAUACAUAGCUUGUGUUACAUGAUAUUUUCAAUGUCACUUGCGUUAAAUACGAAGUACCAACCUUAAUGUUUAAGCUACAUAGGGUACCAGGUAGGAUAAUCUCGCUCCAACGUACUUGUCCGGGCCGCGACGGACGACGGUAUUGUUGCAAAUUCUUCAAGGAUAUUCGUAGGACUCGCUGGAAGGAAGGAUCGUAAAAGAACAAAUGCUCAAGUAUCUAAGCCGUCCAUAUCAGGCGACUUGAUAGCAUUUUUUAACUUUUAACGACUUGGACUUUUGUAUAGCAUUUAUUUAUGUUAAAGAAAUCUCUCAUACAAAAAAACACAAACAGAUAAAAAAUAUGCGCGGAUAUGAAGAUUACUAUCGUCGCGAUGGUAACAUUAACACACGUCUGAUCAAUGUUUUGAACAGGAAGACUAACAAUAAUUAUUACGUUAUCAAUAGAAGAUUAUUAAUAGUAAUUGUACGUAUGCUACAUAUAUAUAUUAUAAAUAUAUAUAUAGAGAUGUGAAUGACGAUA